ACCUUACCUUGUCACCCCACCACCAUAAAUGCAAAUUGCAACCCCCCUUCUCAAUUCUCACCCAUUUCUCUCUAAAACUACGCUCUUAGCAAAUAGCAAUUACUCCUCUCUGCUGCCACUUCCCUUCUUCACCUGUUCCCUACCCUUCUCCUUCUGCUUUCCAUCUCUCUCUCCGUAUUCAUCUUCACAACAUUGACCUUUGCCAGCUUUUCAUCAAUCCAGAUCUUAAUUUUCCUCUCCUUAAUUAAUCAAUUUCUCUUAGAGAGAAAGAGAAGGUGAAGAGGCGUGAUCUUCGUUGGCGUUAUAAUCUGUGUCAAAAGCAAACAAAAUAUUAGGGAAAAACAUAAAUAAAGGUGGCUAAUUCGGAAUUAAUGAUCGAAAUAUGCAGGAAAUAAAACAGGAUCUGGCUUUUUAUAUUAUAGCAAAUUAAAAAUAAUUUAAUUUACUUUCAAUCCUCAGAUGUUGUAAAGUGGGAAUACAUCAUCAACAACACAAAAAGUGAAGAAAAAUUAGCAAAAAAAAAUGUUUCAGCCUAAUAUGUUUGAAGCACAUCAUCAACUGCUAGAUAUGACAAGUGGGCAUAAAACUCCAGAUCAUACAGAAUUAGGGAAGAUGAGAGAUGAUGAAUUUGAAAGCAGUAGAUCCGCUACUGAGAAUCUGGAGGGUCUUUCGGGUGAUGAUCAGGAUCCGAAUCAACGACCCAAGAAGAAACGGUAUCACCGUCAUACCCAACACCAAAUUCAGGAAAUGGAGAAUUUCUUCAAGGAAUGCCCACAUCCAGAUGAUAAGCAAAGGAAAGAAUUAAGCCGUAGAUUAGGGCUAGAGCCUUUACAAGUCAAGUUUUGGUUCCAAAACAAGCGCACUCAAAUGAAGGCUCAACAUGAAAGAUCAGAAAACCAACAACUUCGAUCGGAGAACGACAAGCUUCGAGCUGAUAACAUUAGGUUCAAGGAAGCCUUAAGCAAUGCUACUUGUCCCAAUUGUGGAGGUCCCGCGGCCAUUGGUGAGAUGUCUUUUGAUGAACAACAAUUAAGGAUCGAAAAUGCUCGACUUAGAGAAGAGAUUGAUAGGAUAUCAGGCAUAGCAGCAAAGUACGUAGGAAAGCCCUUAGUGAAUUACUCAAACAUACAAAACCAAGGACUACACUCACGCUCUUCCCUUGAUCUUGGAGUUGGGAGUUUUGGGCCACAAUCAGGUAUGGUAGGUGACAUUUAUGGCUCAUCUGGAGAUCUCCUACGAACCGUUGCUCCGCCAACGGAGGCAGAUAGACCGAUGAUCAUCGAGCUUGCGGUCGCAGCCAUGGAAGAACUCAUUCAAAUGAGUCAGUCUGGUGAACCUUUAUGGGUUCCUAGCCCUGAUAACUCUAUUGAAAUGCUUAAUCAAGAAGAGUAUUUUAGGACAUUUCCUCGUGGGAUUGGACCUAUGCCGUUAGGUCUUAAAUCUGAAGCCUCAAGAGAUUCUUCAGUUGUGAUCAUGAAUCAUAUGAACUUGGUUGAGAUUCUUAUGGAUGUGAAUCAAUGGUCAUGUGUGUUCUCUGGGAUAGUAUCAAGAGCUAUGACCCUAGAUGUUUUAUCAACUGGAGUUGCUGGGAAUUACCAUGGAGCAUUACAAGUGAUGACAGCAGAGUUUCAAGUCCCAUCACCACUAGUUCCCACACGUGAGAACUACUUUGUGAGAUACUGUAAGCAACAUGGAGACAGUACAUGGGUAGUGGUUGAUGUUUCAUUAGAUGGUCUUCGUCCUAGCCCUAUUCCAAGGUGCCGUAGAAGGCCUUCUGGUUGCUUAAUUCAAGAACUUCCCAAUGGUUACUCCAAGGUGACUUGGGUUGAACAUGUGGAAGUGGAUGAUCGAGCAGUGCAUAACAUAUAUAGGGCACUGGUAAAUUCCGGGCUAGCCUUUGGAGCUAAACGUUGGGUUUCUACUUUGGAUAGACAAUGUGAAAGGCUUGCUAGUGUUAUGGCUAGCAAUAUCCCAGCAGGGGAAGGUGGUGUUAUAACAAGUGCUGAAGGGAGGAAGAGUAUGCUGAAGCUAGCAGAGAGAAUGGUAAUGAGCUUUUGUGCAGGAGUAGGAGCAUCUACAGCACACACAUGGACCACAUUAUCAGGGAGUGGAGCUGAUGAUGUUCGAGUUAUGACCCGAAAGAGCAUGGAUGAUCCAGGAAGACCCCCAGGCAUUGUUCUUAGUGCUGCUACUUCUUUUUGGUUGCCUGUUUCUCCUAAACGGGUCUUCGAUUUCCUGCGUGAUGAGAACUCCAGGAGUGAGUGGGAUAUCCUAUCAAAUGGUGGCCUAGUCCAAGAAAUGGCUCACAUAGCUAAUGGUCGUGAUCCAGGAAAUUGUGUAUCCCUCCUAAGAGUCAAUAGUGCAAAUUCAAGUCAAAGCAACAUGCUAAUACUCCAAGAGAGUAGCACCGACUCAACGGGCUCCUAUGUCAUCUAUGCACCAGUAGACAUCGUAGCUAUGAACGUAGUUUUGAAUGGCGGUGACCCAGACUACGUGGCCCUCUUACCAUCGGGCUUUGCCAUACUACCCGACGGGCCUGACGGAUCUCACGGUGGUGGGUCCAUCGAGGUCGGGUCUGGCGGUUCAUUGCUGACAGUUGCAUUCCAAAUCUUAGUGGAUUCAGUUCCUACAGCCAAACUCUCCUUGGGUUCUGUUGCAACAGUUAAUAGUUUGAUUAAAUGCACUGUGGAAAGGAUUAAGGCUGCUGUAGCCGGUGAAAAUGCUUGAUCAAUCAAAUCCAUUCAUGAACCUUUGCUCAUGCACGCUUGAUUAGUAGAGGAAUGAUAAAAAGAUUAAGCAAAUAAAGGGAGUGUAGGUGUUCAAACCUUUUGGGACUUUAACGUAUGAUCCAAGGAGGAAGUCAAGAACGCACCUUGUGAAAUCCUUGUAAUGGAUUCAUCAGAUUCAACUGAAGACGGUUUUAAUGAUUUUAUCUGUCUAAUUUCUAGGAGAACACAUUAACGGCUAUCAUUCAUUACAAGGAAAUUGGGUUCGGGUAUUGACUUCACCAUUAAAAUAGUCGUAAAAAAAGUUGUAUGGACUAAAAUAUAUAAUCCUCAUAAGCAUGUCACCCCCUUCCUACCUUAACUUUUUUUGUUGUAAGCAAUUUUUGGCUAACUUAAGCCAAAUUUAACUCAAGACUUCUUAGAAUUAAAAAAACCUUGUUGCA